UUAUGUCUGCUGGUUGUGUUCGGUGGCUUCUGAGCCACACGGUGAGAGCUGCGUGCCGUGGGGGGCUUGUCUACGGAACACCCACAUCAAGAUUCCUGAUGUACUGCGGAGGUCAGAACGUCAUCCCAGCGACCUGGGGAAGAUCUUCGUUCUCCUCAGAAGCUGAUGACGUAAAAGAGACGCCUGCGACAACGAAAAAGAAGCAGGAUCUCCAAGCGCACGGCUCAAUCGUCAGCGUCGGCCGUAAGAUCCCUCACAAAGAGAUCCAGGUGGUCAGUGACACCGGCGAGAAUCUGGGCGUCAUGCAUUCAAGCAAAGCCAUCAGACUGAUGGACACGAAGAAUCUGAAACUGGUGCUGCUCCAUAAACACAAAGACCCUCCGGUGUACCAGCUGAUGAGCGGCAAACAGAUCCACGAAGAGCAGAUGAAACUGUGGGGGGAGCACAAGGCGAAGGCAGCGUCUGUGCAGUUGAAGGAGCUCACCUUUAAAGUCGACAUCGCACCUCACGACCUCACCACCAAACAGAAACAACUGGAGAGCUGGCUGGAGAAGAGGCACCACGUCAGGCUCACGCUGCUGGCAAAAAGAAACAAGCCUGUCGAUAACCUGGACUCGGCUCUGGGGCAAAUUGUGGAGCAAAUGAGCAUCAUGGUGGCCUUCGUCUCUCAACCAAAAGUGAAACGAGAAGGUCGCACAGCCACGUGCACCGUCCGGCCGCUGUCCAAAAAUGAACUGUUGCAGAAAAGAACACAAAAAGCUGCAAAACCUUCUGAGGAGGCUCAGAGCGAAACACCUGUUGGCAACAAGGUCACGCCAGAAGAGUGUGCACAGCAGUAAUGGGUCAAACGUCUCACAAGUACAAAACAACUGCGCCUUCACGUCACAGCUCGGGGCCUCAUACGGACUUUGUUUAUAGUUUGGAGACAGAGCCAGGAGCUCGGGGUUCUUUCAGCUGUUCACGUUUCCUGUUGCAAAUCACGUCAGCUGAUUAAAAAAAA